UCCUCUCCACUGAGAGUCGCCCAGGCCCCAGCGGUCGCUAGGUUGCGGGGCCGGGACUCCAGGCCGGCCAGGCCGUGGAGGCAGUGGCGGCGGCGGCUCCAAUGGCGGCAGAACCCCGGCGCCCUUGGGCCCAGGCGCGGAGCGCUUAUGGUGCCAGCGAGGCGCUGCGGCGCGCGGUGGGCCGCCAGCGGGACCCCAGGCCACAGCCCAACGGGCUGGGCCCCGAUGAAGCCCGCGCCCCGGGCCGCAUGGCUCGCCUGCGGGGCCAGCUCCGGGCUGAGGCAGCGGAGCGGGCCAAUGCACCCCGAUUACUGCGGCUGGUGGAGCGCGCCGGGGCCGCGGCGGGGGCAGCAGGAACCAGGGAGCCGGAGGAAUCGCGCGGCCACGGCUCCGUUUGCUCUGUGUGCGGGGAGCCGCGCGGCGGGGCCACGUACCCAGCCGGCGUCCUGGAGGUGAGCGAGCGGCGAUUGCAGGAGGGCCUGGCGGCCGUGCGCGCAGAGCUGGGCGAGGGGCUGGAGGCGCUGCGCGCUGAGCUGCGGGCAGAACUGGAUGCCCUGCGCGCGCUGCUGCCGCCUCCGCCGCCUGCCCGCCGUGAGCCUCGCGUUCCCCGCGGCCCAGCUCUUCUUCGGGCGCUGGGCACCGUGAACGCCCUGGCCACCGGCGCGAGGCCGAACGAUGACGCCUCGGACAGUACGGCCGACGGCGGUGCGAGCCGGGCCCCGGCCCGGAAGAACCUCAAGAAAACCCCAGUGACGCCUGGAGCCCCGCAGGACAGCGGGGAUUAAGCGGGGCCGCGCAGAGGGGAUCCAGACCAGGGUUUGGGGCGCCGCCGCUGGCCAAGGGGCCUUCCUACCUAGCAUGGCUCAGAGCAAGAAGGGUCCUCCGACACCGCUUGCUAGUGCUCGGGUAUCGGAAGCGGGUGGGAAGUGUGGCUGAGUCCCCGAAGCGGCAAUCACCGUGGGAGCCGGAGUCCGGGCUGGAGAAGGGGUGAGCCCCUUUUGGGGCUAGAGCUGGGAAAAGUUUGGCCCAGGAGUACGUUGGCCGUUGAGAGCCAGAGCGCAAUGGGGAGAGCCCAGGGUUGGCCAGAGGAACCCCCCUGCCUCAGGAGAGGGGGUUGCAAGCAUACUUUAACGGUCUCAGGAAGGAGGCCAAGCCUUCACGCACUGUGUGUGGGCAGACAGUGUGACCCACACACCAGGCAACCGAAACUGGGGACACAAGGUGGGCUGCUGGGACACUAUCACCUGGACCCAGGCUCAUGCAGGACAGCAUCACUUGGAUGUACAAGCACAUUCUACUGUGGGCCCUGGACAGCAGCCUGAGUCCAGCCAGCUCUUUCCCUCUAUUGGACAGUGUUGCCUGGACACAUCACGUCUGGUCAGUGCCCUCUGGACUCUCAACUUCACUUAUCCCUCAUAUGGCCUCACCACAGGCUAACCCUAACCCAGGGUCUCUCCAGUGUCAACCUACAUCAACUCUAAAGCCCACCUUCCUGGGCCUGGUCUCACCUGUACAGACAGCCCCUCACUCACUGUCCCUAUCACCAGGAUACCACCGCAGAUUGAGGCCUGCAGUGCAGAGCCUGGAACAGAGGCUUCUCAGCUCCUGGGCUUGGGGAAAUGGCAGCUGGACUAAACCCAGUGUGGAAUGGGCAUGUGACCAUGUACCACGGGAAAUA